UUCGCUCCCCGCCCGGUGACACAAAGCGAAUCCAAGAUGGCGGAGGCGGGCGCGGGGAGCCUGCACGGGGGGGACGCGGCGCUGCCGUGCCCGCCCGAGGAGCAGGAGCUGAGCCAGCGCCUCCGCCGCCUCUACCCCGCUGUCAACCAGGAAGAGACGCCGCUGCCGCGGUCCUGGAGCCCCAAGGACAAGUACAACUACAUCGGCCUCUCGCAGGGCAACCUGCGCGUCCACUACAAAGGUCAUGGUAAAAAUCACAAAGAUGCUGCCUCAGUCAGGGCUACGCACCCUAUACCUGCAGCCUGUGGCAUUUAUUACUUUGAAGUGAAGAUCGUCAGUAAAGGUAGAGAUGGGUACAUGGGAAUAGGACUUUCUGCUCAAGGGGUCAACAUGAACAGGCUUCCUGGAUGGGAUAAACAUUCUUAUGGGUACCAUGGUGACGACGGGCACUCCUUCUGUUCUUCGGGGACGGGACAGCCCUACGGCCCUACCUUCACCACUGGGGAUGUGAUCGGCUGCUGUGUUAACCUUAUCAACAAUACCUGCUUUUACACGAAAAAUGGCCACAGUUUAGGUAUAGCCUUUACAGACCUCCCUUCAAAUCUCUACCCUACGGUGGGUCUCCAGACUCCAGGAGAGAUAGUGGAUGCCAACUUUGGGCAGCAGCCCUUUGUGUUCGACAUUGAGGACUACAUGAGGGAGUGGCGAGCGAAGAUUCAGAGCACCAUUAAGCGGUUUCCCAUAGGAGACAGACUAGGCGAGUGGCAAGCCAUGCUGCAGAACAUGGUUUCAUCGUAUUUGGUUCAUCAUGGGUACUGUUCAACAGCGACUGCCUUUGCCAGAGUCACGGACACCACAAUCCAGGAAGAACAGACCUCAAUAAAGAAUAGACAAAGAAUACAGAAGCUAGUAUUAGCAGGCAGAGUGGGAGAGGCUAUAGAAGCCACCCAGCAGCUCUAUCCUGGCCUCCUAGAACAUAACCCCAACCUGCUCUUCAUGUUAAAGUGUCGGCAGUUUGUGGAGAUGGUGAAUGGGACAGACAGUGAAGUACGUUGUUUCAGUGCCCGCAGCCCCAGAUCCCAGGACAGUUACCCCGGGUCCCCCAGCUUAAGUCCUAGACAUGGAUCAAGCAACUCACACGUUCAUAGUACCGGAGCAGAUAGUCCAACCUGUAGCAAUGGAGUCAUGUCCACAAAAAGCAAACAGAGUCACAGUAAAUACCCAACACUGAGUUCAUCAUCUUCAUCUUCCUCCUCCUCCUCCCCCUCAUCUGUGAACUACUCUGAGUCCAAUUCUACAGAUUCUACCAAAUCUCAGCAGCACAGUAGUACGAGUAACCAAGAAACCAGUGACAGCGAGAUGGAAAUGGAGGCUGAGCAUUACCCCAACGGAGUCCUGGAAAAUUCAUCCACCAGGAUAAUGAACGGCACCUACAAACAUGAAGAGAUCCUGCAGACGGAUGAAUCCAGCAUGGAAGACAGUUGCCCCCAGAGGCAGCUCUGUGGAGGGAACCAUGCUGCCACGGAGCGAAUGAUCCAGUUUGGACGGGAGCUGCAGAUGCUGAGCGAGCAGCUUUGCAGAGAAUAUGGGAAGAACACAGUGCACAAAAAGAUGCUUCAGGACGCAUUUAGCUUGUUAGCUUACUCAGACCCUUGGAACUGCCCCGUUGGUCAACAGCUGGACCCAAUCCAGAGGGAACCCGUGUGUGCUGCUCUUAAUAGUGCUAUAUUGGAAUCUCAGAACCUGCCAAAGCAGCCCCCGCUGAUGCUUGCCCUGGGCCAGGCCUCGGAGUGUUUGCGGCUCAUGGCUCGCGUGGGCUUGGGCUCCUGCUCCUUUGCCAGAGUAGACGACUAUUUGCACUAGCCACCAGAGCAAGAUGGAGUUGACAUCGUUGAGUGCUGCCCUUCACCCUCCGUUGCUGCCACUACACCACCACCUCGUUCGAUAGCCUGACCUCCCUGCCACCAACACCCCCUCUAGCACACACACACGCUGCCUGUGACAGGAUUGAGUGAGUCCCUCGCUGUGUGGCUAUCCCUGACCCCAGGAACGACGGGCAGAUCGUACCUGUCUCCCUGCCAUUGCUGCGGCUCCAGCGGCACUCAGUAUUUCGCUGGUUAUUCUAAUGUAGCGCCUUCCAAUUGUAGGGAUUUCUCUUUAUUUUGAUUUGAGUUGUUUCUCAUGGAUCCACCAGUAUUUUAUCUGGAGAGUUUUGCUGAGCUGGUUUCUGCUGAUUUACUGAGGAAGCUGAUCAAGUUGGUGACAGCUUGUUCUUUUCUUCCCUUCUCCCUCCGUUGUGCACAUACAGUAUCAUCUUCUGUGCUAGUUAUCUGAACUCUUCUCGCAGUGGCAGUUCAGAGGGAUUUUUUUUUUUAAUUUUAUUUGAAUCCUGUUUAUUAAAAAGGUCUCUUCCACCUCCACAAAGUCAUUGAUGUAUUUAUUGCCCACAGACUCGGUCCCAGCCAUACACAUCAUCCAGCCCUGCAGGAGACCUGGUGAGGUAGGUCCUGUCACGCACUAAUGAUGGGAACUGGAGGAGCCUGGUCCUUCGUGGUGGUGCUUGUCUCUCUAAGAGCACAGGGCUCUCAAACGCUUGGCUUUGUGAGUGGGAAGACUUGACGUUGCCUGUGUCGGUGGCUGCAGUGUAAAAGCAUCUCACAGCCCUGAGAAAUAGGUAAAUCCAGCUCUCAGAGCAGCUGGAGGGAUAGGACCGUCGGAUAUGAAAUCAUCUACCUUUGUAUUGGUAGAAGCAGAUUGUGUUAGCCUGCAAGAAACAUCCAUGGGUGCUGCCCAGUUGGGCUGUCGGUUUUUGUGUUAAAUCACGCAUCCCCCCGUUUCGCCAUCCAGGAGGGUUCUGUCACUAAGACUUGAUAAUAGCAGUAUUUGCUGACCCCUGCGUAUAACGCUGAUCUAAAUGAACACUUCUAAAUUUUGGAAGUGUCUCGAGAACACUAGUGUGAACUGUGCUCACCUUUGCAGGUCGCACGUGACGAGAUGAGGUUGUGGGUUAGGGUCAGUACUAGCUUUGUAAGGUCUGAGCCGGUCAGAAGGGAGCAGCGAUGUUUUUUUAAGGAUCACUAAGAAAACUAUUUUAGUUUCAGGCCCAAAAGCGACCAGCGAGGGUCCUGUGGGCGAGUAACCUCCAAAUAAGAUGGACUAACGUGUCUCUGCUGUGGUAUGUAUCAGGCCCAGGCACUCAAGUGCUACUAAGCUUUUGGUGUUCAAACCAUCUGCCUAUAAGUGUUUCUGAGCGUGUGCUUUGAACCGAUGAGGCUGCGUAGCAGCCCCGCGUGCUCUGCAUCCUCUGGUCCACCGUUGGGAGACUUCAGGUUCGGUCUGGCUGCGCGGGAGGAAUUGUAAUUCCGCACCAAAUGAAUUGUAGGUCAGUAGCUCUGAGGAGGCCCCUGGGGAGCUCAGACCCAACAUGUAUUUUACUGCUGUUCGUGAAUUUUUUUUUUUUUAAAUUUUUUUUUGGGAGGGGAGGGUCAAUGAAAGAUGAACAGAUCGUGUUGAAGUUUGCCCUUAAAUUGGAGGUUAGCCUGUGCCAGGGCUUCAAGCAGCAAGAGAGCUUGUGUGCCGCUGGAGAAGGGAAGGUGGUGUGUGACCUCAAGCCCAGAGCUUGAAGGAUUUUCUGCAUUUGCAGGCUUGGUUUGCGGCUAGAAGGGGAGGUCUGAAACCAAGGCAGAGCAGGGGGGGCAGAAGACGACUGUGGCAGUGAAUGUGCAGGUGGUGGUGGAGGUGGCUGGGAUGCCUGGCGCUACCUUUUGGUGAAGGCAUGCAAUGUGCAGCGGCGGUGCUAGAGCUGUUGGGGCCUAAGAAAACGGGCAACACAAGGUUUAGAGAUGGAGGAGACAUUUUUGUUAGAUCAACUCAUAUAGUUGAGAAAAAGCAGGGGGAGCUAUGCGCGCCACGGCCUUUCUUCUAGGGCAGACAGAAGCGGAAGUCUGCACUAAGCGGAAGAAUUUAACUUGCAAAUCUGGGGCUUGUGUUUCAGUUCUGGGGAAGACCUCAUGUGCCUGAAGGAAAAUGUAGUGGUUUUUCAAUUCUGCUCGUGGUCCUAGUGAUGGGUAUUACCCCAGCCUGCAGUCUUUGCCUCGCCGCAACUGCAGAGACGCUAGCUCGGUGGGCGGACAUCCUUUCUGAAGCCUCUUGACGCUGGACCUGCCAGGCUGCCCCGGUGCCGCUGCGGGACCUGCAGCAGCAUGUGGACUUGGCCUGGUGAGGGAUCCUUCUGCAGGCUCUCCGUUUCUUAGACCUGGGCCCAUGGCACGCUGAGGGGCUGAUCAUGGGUACUUAGGUUGGAAAUGCUCUAGUACCUGGCUUUGCCUUUCGCAUUUGGCGGUUUCCUCUGCUGUUGGUCACCAUUUCGCUUGCUACUGGCUGGCUGCAGUCGGGCCUGUCUUUCAUCUUUGUAGCCACACCAUCUUUCUCUCUUUCUGAAUUUUCUCUGUUCCAUCCCUCUGUGGUUCCUUUAAGCCAAGUCUCUUUGUCAUGUGUCAUAUUAAUGCCCCACUUGGUCUCUCAGCAAAGCUGUGCUGACUACCCUGGAGCAUUUUUGUUGUGUUUUGGUUUCCCUUUUUGCUACCAAAAAGCCCCAAGAGGUGCUCCUAGAUACCCGGUUAUUCUGGUGCCAAGAAGUGCAUGGUGGGAUGGUCUCUCUGGCUUCUCACGGAGACUGUCCCUGUGGUAGAAACCAUCUUGCCGUUGUGUCAGGGUUCGUGCUAAGAGGCCACGCUCUUAAUGAUGAUUAAUUGCAUGUGGCAGGGCUAAGUUGCUCUUGACAACGUGCGUCACAUAGUGGCAGUACAUCCCUGUAGACUUGUCAGCAGUGAUGUUUUCCACUUCUUGCCCUUGCCAGCUCUUGUAGCUGGUGUCCUGAUCUUGGUUUUCGGGGAGUGCAAGGCCUUUUCUGCUGUGACAUAUCUGUCCCAUACCUGUUUCACUAGUGGUUUCUGCUUGUUGGGCUUGGGUUCUGACUAACGUCAUGACUCAGUGUGAGGAGGAGAAGUGUGUGCGGUGUGUGCUGGAGGUGUGGGCUUCAACCUACCACGGAUUCCUAGAAGAGGUUUCUGACUUGCUUUUCCCAGGUUCUUUUUCAAAGCCUCUUGGUCUUUGAGUGUCCCUGGCUGCUCCUUGACGGUUCGUAUCAGCUGAGACUUGGUUUGAAUUGCUGCAGUCAUUUUAAAAAAUGAACAGAACUAAAUUAAAUUGAGUCUUUAACAUUGAAUGUGGUGGUGCACCUAACCAGCGGCUUCAGGCAGUUUAAAAAUUACUUUUAUGUAAGUGAUUUACCUCAUGCUUUACUCAGAAACAGAUGACCUAAGAACACCCCAGCUGAGGCUCUGCUUCAUCUGGGCAGUCCCUCACAGUGUCACUUCUCCCAGGAGUCCUUCAGUGACACCGUGUAAACGAUCGCGUAGCCCGUAGUAGGAACUGCUGGCUUCUCGGUGAAGGUGACAAGGUUUCAGCUGUGGCCCAACGUUAUAAUGCUGAUGGCAUUGGCUAUAGGACUUGCAUCACGUGAGGCUGACAUGUAGGUUGCUCUCUGCUGGGCUGAUCUCAGAUCCCUGAAGGUUUUCCAAACGGCAGCCAGACACUGCUCACAGGCAACAUUUCUCACUGCGCAGCCCCAAGAGAGGCUUUCCAGCCACGGCGUCCUUCCCAGGACCUGUGAAAUGCUGCGGCUGGAACAAUUAAGCCUCUUCCAGCUCUGCCGUGUCCACACAAUCACAGGGUCUCAGCUCUCAACUGCUCAGCCCAGUGUCACCACCAAAGAGGUGACAAUCUGCACAGUGGGAGGUACCCUCCAGCUGUACUCUGGACACCAGCCUCUCCACCUGCCUUCCUCAAACUCGGCAUAGCAGCAGGGGCCUCUCAGAAGAACUAACAUUUCCCAGGGACUUGGUGGAAACCUUCUUUCAGGGGUGGUGAACUGCAGCCCUGCCAUCAUGGGCUUUGGUUUUGAGCCCGGUGCCCUUUGAGAACAACAUUUUGGGAACUCCAGACCUAGAGCCUUGGUUAAAGUGUCCUUUAGUCCUGCAGAGGCAGCUUCAUGGAGCUGAAUUCCAUCAGUAGGCUUUUCUCCUUGUGGACAAGGGUUCGUACUGUCCCCGCAAGCAGUGAGGGCAGUCACGUAGACAGUAACAUGGGAGAACUUUGGAGUGAGAUGAGGGAUUGACUAGGGAGUUGGAGGCGUUGGAGUAGCUGGGAUAAGUGUUUCUGGGAGUUGUAUCCAGCUCAUACACCUUGUACUCCAGCCUUUGUCCAUCUUAGUGGCCUCUGCUGGACGCAGUCUAGUUUGUGGACAUCUCUGCUGUACCAGGGAGCCAAAUCUUGUUCCGGAUGAUUGCUCUUGCUGCUCCAUCAUCCUAUCCUAGCAGGUGUUUAACAAAAGCUGAUUCAAGACGUACAGGGUUCGGUGAGCUCCAAGUCAAGGUCUCCUGUGAGCAUGGAGGGCAGCAGUCUGUUUCCCAUGCAUCCUUAGGUGUGCUCCCAGAGCCAGCUUGCCUUGGGAAAACUUCUUAUUGCUACCAGGUCUCCCUUCUUGCUCCAUUGCCUCCCCCGGUCCCAGUAAUCUCCCACCUGUGUGACCACCAGAAGUGGUAUCUGCAGUGCUUGGCGCUGCAGGAGCUGCUGUGAGACCCAGGGGCAGCUCCGUGGCCCAUGCCAACGACGCGUUUGUCGAGCAUGGGCAUGGCAUCUCUGACUGCUCCUCCUGGGCUUGCUUCUGCUGCGCUGGCCUAAAGGGGCAGAUCUGCAUGGGACGAUCCCUUUUUGUCACCGUAGAGGAUCCCACCAGCCCGCAGCUGGGCUGGCUGUAGCACUUUUGCCGUUCUUUUGGAGUCUGGUUAGAAACCAAGGCUUUGCGUGUGGCCAGCAGAAUGGAGAGGGACCUCCAAAGAGGGACCCCCCCGGAUAAGUGGCAUCCAGCUGUUGGGGGGAAGGUUGUCCAGUGGCUGCUCUCUCUCCCCUCCAGUCCCCUCGUUGCUUUGGGACAUGUGGAAGGUGUGUGGUUAUCGGUGCUGGAGCCCGUUUCUAUUUCCAGCAUCCUGGUGGUGCUCGCUGGGCUGCUGCCGACCUGACUUGGAGACCAGCUGUGACUGGUGUGGAGAAUGGCUCCCUUCGAGAGUGUCGUUCUUCGUGGUCGCGUACACUCAGGAUUUUUCCAUCUGCUUCCUUAUUCCUUCUGGUUUUUUUACAGUGACAUCUUAGCCUGUCCUGGAGCCUGUGUCCUUAUUUUUCACGUGGCCUUACUGAGGCAUCUUUACCAUUCUUUAAAUAGCUUUGUUCUUGAGGCUCCCUUGAGCAACUGGUACAGGCAGAGCUGAUGGAACAAGCUCUGGAGAUCAAAUUUAUCAUUUUCCUCCUUAGACAUCGGGGAUGGUGAACCAUCUCCUUCUCCAGCAAAGCAAACCGUGUUGGAUUGCUGUGAUGCUGCUGUGCUUUGGUACCCGUCUGUCUCAUACUUGCGUAGCACGUGUUGCUUGGAUGCAAGUUUCAGAAUUCCUUCUGCCUUCACGGGAUUGAUUGAUUGAGAAGGGGAACGAUGGUGGCCAGGCGAUAUAGCAGUGAGUGAGUGCCAUGAAGCUGCCUGGUGCACAACACGGUAUCGGGAAGUUCUUCCCAUGAAGAAGCAGUGUGCAGACUUCAGCUGCUCCCACAGGAGGAGAGGUCCUUCAUGCUUCAGUGCUGGGCGUGGUGAGGCCCCGUAGAGCCGGUCACAGCAUGAGGGAAGGAGCACGUUCCUUGGCAAGGUGGUCCUGGUCCACCUGGGAGUCCCCUUUGCAGAAGGAGCAACUUCCUUCAAACCCUGGCCGUGUUGGAGCAGUGGUGGAUCCAGGAGGGGAGUAGGUCUGUUGUAGAGAUCUGGUGUUGGGUCUGCAGCUGUACAUCUCUGUCCCGAGGUGUUUCUGCAAAGGGGCUGGAGGGGGACACGACAGGGGAUGUGUGCUGUGUGCUGCUGGGACUCUUCAGCCCCAGAAAAAUGUGUGAUGGAGGGAAAUGCAGUCCAGCAGCUCUUACUGAGAGCCAAAAGCCGGCUGUGAACCAUGUCCCAUGUCUAGGUCAGAGAGCUGGAGGAAGUGUCGGUGGGGCGAGCGUGAGGGGAGCUCCAGCAGAUUUGGGUUGGAAAGGUGAGUGUUUGAGAGCCUGGAGGCCUCUUCCAGAGAAGGCACUAGCUGCUCUGCACCACUGGUCGCAACAAGAGGUGGCAGGUGAUGGAUGAGUGAAUGUGGCGUGUCUGUCCCUCUCCUGGUGUCCCACACCAGAGCUCAGAUCCUGCAGCCUUGAGCUGUACGGCAUCUGGCAAGCCAAGGGCCCAUCCAGGCUUGAGGAGCACACGUCCUGCCAGCUGUUUUAUUUCCAAGAGGGAGGCUUGACUCUCUCCUGCUCGCAGGGUGCCAAGUCCCGUGUGGGAUUUACACUCUCAUCGCUGCAGAAACGUUCCCGGCGGCCACGCAGACUUCUGCUCCUUGUUGAACUUCCUCUGGCCAGGCAGACACCAUUUCUCUGGUCGCUUCACUUGGGUCCGGGCUCCUGCUCUGAUCCCUGCGCUCGGGAGGGCUUCAGCUGCAUCCCCGCUCCGGGAGGGACCACGGCUGGGCUUCUCGCGAGCUCUAACUUGGAGAAAGGAGAAGCAGCAGCAGCAGCUUUGGGGAUAACCAGGAUUUUAAAGAAAAUUUUCAAAAGACCGGUGUGGUGACUCUUCCAGACCAAGGACUCUGCACAGGCGUUUGAUUGGGAUCGUCCCUCUCGGUCCUACCUGUGCGCGCUCUUCAGGGCUCUCCAGCCAGGGCAGACGGGAGGAGGCUGCCGGCACCUGAAGCUCUUGCACGCAGCGUGUUGGGCGGUGCAAGCCCCAGGACCUGCCACCACGCAGGUAACUCUUCUGCUGGUUGCUCAAAACUCAGGUAUGAAACGCUCAGCUGGAGCCUGGGGUUGCGAGGUCUUUGCAGGUUCCCGACCGGCCCUGGAGGAACGGCCACCGUUGGGCUGCGACAGAGCAGAUCUCCCUCUGCCGCUCCAGACUUCUCAUCGCCUUUGGAGGUGGGGGGUGGGAGGGAGUUUCUCCUCUUUGGUACAACAUCGGCUAAAUGGACAUUACACAAAUUGUGCACAUUGGUUCAGUCUAAGCUUAGUAUUUGUGAAUUAAGUUAUCUGAUGCUUCGCAUGAAAACUUCAAAAAGGGGGGGGGGAUUUUAACUGAGAAAAAGCCUAUGAAAAUAUACUGGAAAUAUGGUAAAGAAAUUGACGUUCUGCUGUAUAUUGACAGAAUUAUUUUUAUUAAAAUACACAUCCAUGUGCAAGA